CAGACGUGAUCCGGCAGGAAAGAGAAGCGCGAGAAAACACAGGCUGGGAUGAGUUCGGUGGCGGCGCCCUAUGGGGCCACCACCGCCAUGGCCGACCUCGACGCUAUCACUGAUGAGGAGCGACUCAGGAUAAUGUGGCAGCAAGCGGAGGACUUCGGGGAGCGUCGGCGGAUCAGGGCCAGGAUGUACAAGUUGAGGGAGCAGCGUCUGAGGGAGAUGAUGCAGAAUGACGAGGAGAGCUUGGGCACCCUUAACGUCACUGAUGACGGAGGCGUCACAGAGUGUUCAGAGACAACCAUCACCGUCGAGGGAGGGAGUGACAGUACCCGACGCUCCUCUAACAUACAGGUGACAAUGCACGUGGAUGGGGACUCUGCCGUGACUGAAUCCAUAUCGACACAGAACGUUCGUCUUGGUGGACUUACAAUGCGUGGGGUGGACACCGUCUCCCUCGAGGGCCUCCAGCCAGAUGACAUCAUAGAAGAACGUAUUCGCAAAGCUAGUGAGGAUCGAGCCACCAGGUUCCAGCGUAUCAUGGGUGAGCUGUCAGACAGCGAGGCCAACAGCGAGGGAGAAGCUGUUGUUUCCAUCACAAAGAAUACUUACUCUAUUCAGUCUAAUGCUCUGGCCGGUGGAGGUUAUCUCUCUAUGAAGAAUAAGGAAGUUCGAGACUCUGUAUCUCCCACGCGCAUCAUGAGAGAACGCAGAUCUUCUGCUGAGGAUGAAACUUCUGCCAAUGAAGGCCGCCUUAUUUCAGAUGACGAGGUAGCACUCAAGGCUGACAGUGAAAAUGUGCUACAAGCUAUGCAAACAUCCACCUCUAAAACAUCCUCCUCCAGAAAAACUUCAAAGGAAGAAAAGACAUCAACAAGAACAACAAGGUCCAGACAAUCAGAAAUACCGGUUCGUAAAGAAUCAUCAUCUCGGAGAGUUAGUGAGAGGAAGACUUCCAAAGAGUUAGAUCUGAGCUCAGUUAAACGUACUGGUGGAGAAAAGACAUCCCCAACAUCUCCCACAAAACACACUCCAGGAGAAAGUUCAUCUAGAAGCCAAAUGCCACGAAGAACGGGUGCUCAGAAGGAAGCUCCUACCUCACCUGCCAAGUCUCCUACAAGGACAAGCAACAAGGGUGUACCUUCAAAAAAAUCAAAGCUGGCAGAAAUAGAGUCCAAAAUGGAAACGUCUAUCAUGUCUGAGUUAGACAAACUAGAUUCUUACCUUAAGGCAAGUGUCAGUGAUGAUGAUGAUGAGAUAAUCAUGGAAGAAGAGGAGGACUGUGUGGAUGACUCUGGCAACAUUGUGAAGAUGCUGGUGCAGACACGUCGCAAGAAAGAUGGUACCGAAUGUACUGCUCGUCGUGUGGCCAGGUCAACGAAAGUUGUCAAUACUGAGAGCGAAAUUGACGAAAUUCUUAUUGGAAAUCCAGACCAUGAAGUGUUAGAGCGAGACGUUGCUGAGGAGGAAGACAAGGAAGGUAACAAGAUAAAAAUCAUCACUGAAACCCGGCGCAGACCCGAUGGUAUUACCUAUACUACUAAGAACAUCUUAAAGACUUCCAAGAUCUUUGAUUAUGAUCAUCCUGAAGACGUUGCUUAUAAUGAAGAGGAUGAACUUAUAUCCACUGAUGAAACUGAAGAAACUGAUGAGAACGGAAUUACAAUCCAGACUAUUACCGAGACGAGGCGCAAACCUAAUGGUAUGGAAUACACUACCAAAAAGGUUUACAAAACUUCUAAAGUCAAGAGCACCCAGAUCACUCCAUCAGACGAUGACGAAGUGAUCGACACCAAAGAGACAGAAGAGAAAAAGGAUGAUGGAUCGAUCAUUCGUACUGUGAUCGAGACCCGUCGUACCAAAACGGGUGAGGAAUACACCCAUAGACAGGUUUUCAGAUCACGUAGAAUGACGCUCUCAGGAGUAGAUCUGCAGAAGGGUUUACCCAUCAUGCAAAAUGAUGACGAAGUGAUUAAUAAGAAAGGAGAAGGAGGAGACAGAUGA